UCGGCGGCAGCGGAAUGUCUGCGGCGGCAGUCGGUGGGGUGGCGUGAUAGUGAAGCGGAGGGGUGGCCUAGACCCGGCGUACUGCCCCGACAGCCGACGUACUGCCCCGACAGCCGACGUACUGCCCGGACAACCGACAUACUGCCCCGGCAGAGCUGCCCUGCUGCUGAGCCGACCGCUGAGCCUGACACUGCUGAGCUGACCACCGAAGCUGACCGCCGAACCUGAAGCUGCCGAGCUGACCCUGCCGAGCUGACCGCUGCACAGCCAUGGCCGAGCCGAUCGUGCCGCUGGAGUCGCUGCUGAAGGAGGCGCGGGCCGCCUUCCAGGCCGAGUUUGGCCGGCCGCCGCCGCUGGCCGCCUGCGCACCUGGCCGCGUCAACCUGAUCGGCGAGCACACCGACUACAACGACGGCCUCGUCUUCCCCAUGGCGCUGCCACUCGUCACGGUCGUCGUGGGCGGUCCGUCCGCCUCGGGCCAGUGUCACGUGACGACGCUGGCGGCCGGCGCAGACCAGCCGCUGUCCGUGCAGUUCGCCCCGCCGUCGGCCGCCGCCCCGCUCACCCCCGGCCCGCCCGCCUGGUCCAACUACGUCAAGGGCGUCGUGGCCAACUUUAAAGGUGGCGUGGAGCCGUUCGAGGCGGUGCUGACGUCGACGGUGCCGCUGGGCGCCGGCCUCUCCAGCUCGGCCUCGCUCGAGGUGGCGCUCUACACCUUCCUCGAGGCGCUCACCGGCCGCGCGGCGGAGAGCCUGCGUGAGAAGGCGCUGCAGUGCCAGAAGGCGGAGCACGAGUUCCCGGGCAUGCCGUGCGGCAUCAUGGACCAGUUCAUAUCGGCCAUGGGGCAGGCUGAUAACGCGCUCCUCAUCGACUGCAGGUCGCUCGAGUCAACGCUGGUUCCGCUGGCCGACCACCAGAUAUCGGUGCUGAUCACCAACUCGAACGUGCGUCACGCGCUGACCGGGUCCGAGUACCCGAGCCGGCGGCGCGCCUGCCACGAGACGGCCCGGCUGCUCGGGGUCAAGGCACUGAGAGAUGCUUCGAUGGCGCUGCUCGACGAGCGGAAGGCAGACAUCUCUGAGGAGGACUUCCGGCGAGCCCGGCACGUGGUGACGGAGAUCGCGCGCACCGAGGCGGCGGCCACGGCCUUCGCUGACGGAGAUUACGCCACCGCUGGCCGGCUCAUGAACGAGAGCCACGCAUCGCUCAGGAACGACUUCGAGGUGUCAUGUGCAGAGCUGGACCAGCUGCAAGAGCUGGCCUCCUCGGUGGACGGCGUGUUCGGGUCGCGCAUGACCGGCGGCGGCUUCGGCGGCUGCACCGUCACCCUGCUGAAGCAGACGUCGGUGGAGGCCUGCAUAGCGCGGAUGCGCGAGGGCUUCUCGGGCAAGGCCACCUUCUACGUGUGCCGGCCGGCUGACGGCGCCCGCGUCGUCCCCACGUAGGGACCACCGCAAGGAGGCUGCGCAGGCUGAGCAAGACCGGAGGCUGACUGCGCUGGGGGGAGACGGUGAAAUGACACCGCCCCGGGAGACCGUAUGGGUACUCAGACCGGGGGAGGCUGCGGGACUACACCACCCAGACUGCAGGAGCACCGAACCGAGGUCGGCAGCACCACACGGAGAGGCUGUAGUGCUGCACGGACCGAGGGAAAGGGAGACGGGGACCGCGCUGGCCGACACAGUGCCGCGCCUGAGCGUCAGGACCAAACCGGUCUGUGUCAGCCCGGAGUGGCGACCCCGGCGACCUCUGCUCGUGUCGCGCGCCCUGCCUGCGUGCGGGAGGAAGGUUAAAAGUCAGGGGUCAGAGGGCGAUGUCGUCCGUCGCUCAGGCAUUCGGGUAGUCUUUGACUUGGAUCACGAAGGAAACGCUCAGCCCAAUUUGUUUCAGGUUUACUUGGGGACAGGGCAGGCCAUUUUAUGAAGUUGAAGGGCACGUGGGCGUCGGCCAUUUUGCGCCCAUGACUAGAGCUAAGGAAGUGCCACUCAGUGAUAAUUUACGCGGCUUGAGCGUGACAGAAGUUAAUGAGAGACCUUAGUUACAGCUGACUAAAUGAUUACGAGCACCUGGCCGACAUCGGUAGUCCAAACUGACGAUUUUUAUAGAAGCUUGCACUUAACAUUGCCCGCGACUCAGUACAAAUCAGAUAAAAAGAUGGAAGGAUCGAUUCAGCUAAUUAAUUCCACCGGCCGUAUCCAACUGCGGGCCUCCGUCGACAGGUGUUGGCCGUCUGCACCCGUCUUGUCCGUGUGUGUGUGUGUGUGUGUGUAGGCGUGCAAAUGUGCAGAAACCGAGCUGUAUCUGGACCACCACUGACGUCGCAUGACGGACCAGCCCGAUCGCCGCCAUUGAAACGCGCAGCUUAGUUUAGGGAUAGCAAUACACGACCG